AUGGAAGAUGAAGUCAUCUCAAAGAGCCCGAUUUUCGAGAGAAAAUUUAAAGAGUACUUUGGAGAUUUUGAUAAGACAAAGCAAAGGAUUGAAGAUCUUUUGGAUAGUAUCCAUGAUUGGUUGAGUCAGGUAGCUGCUUCUCAAGAUAAUAGUUUCUUGGAUUUUUCUUCCACUUUUUCAAAAUGUCCGAAACUUGAAGAAUUGGAUUUGAUGACUGAUAGAAGACUGAUGGCUAUUGAAAAGAUUGGAACAAUUGUGGCCACACCGAAUUUACAAACAGAUGCAGCUGCUUUUAAGAAAUCACUUCUGGACCUUUCGAAAUUGGACCUUCAAUUCUCUAGGUUUCAAAAGUCUCUAGAAAUGAUGCCACUCACUAUUCAACGACUUGCUAAGAAUCUAGCCAAGAAUGUUCAAGACCCUACAACUUUAUCUCCGCCUAUGAAAGCAGUGACUGCUCAACAGAUGUUACGUCUCUCGACAGGAUCGUCAAACAAUUCGACGAGCACAGUUAUUGCGGUUGUUGGUGGUUUUGAAAUGUAUGUUAGCUAUUUGGGGAAAACUUUGGCAACAACGGAAAGUACAGCAGCUACUGUUUCUACUAGUGUAACUCAGAAUUCAACCGAAGCCGCAAGACCAUCAGGAUCAACCACGCCAAUAGUGCCAACACCAGCUGUGCCUGUGGCACCACCACCGUCCGCUGCUCCAGCACCUGCCACACGGCCCAAUAUAACCCCUAGUGUCCGCGCAGCAGGUUCGUUCCAAGCCGAAAGCAUCCUGAAGAAACACAAACUUUCUAGUUUUGGCUUCCAUUGCUCCAGCACCCGGAACACAUCCGAACUUUCCAGCUCAUCGCGGAGGUUCUCCGAGCAACACGAUGCUUCUUACAAAUUCGCCCAUGGUCUAUUAGGAUGGGGAUUUCAACCUCCCGCUGCUGAAACAGAUACUAAUCCAAAUCCAGAUGCGACAGUAUCUGAAAGAGAUAGAGACAUACCAAUCACUGAUCCGAAAUUUGGGAAUAAAAAAAGUAGAACUGCCUGA